GCACCAAACGGCAACGCCAACCUGACAAUCCACACCAUCACAGUCGCGCGCUAUACAGACGUGUUCGACCCGCAGAGCCUGAAAGCCGCUGUUGGGGAUAUCGUCAAGUUCGAGUUCUACCCCGGCAACUGGUCUGUGGCGCGCGCAGAGUACCUCUACCCUUGCGUGCCGUACGAGCUUACCGAAGAGGGGAAGUCGGGCUUCUUUUCGGGCUGGCAGUACACGCCUGAGGUGGGACGGAACUCGGGGUAUAGUAUACCGCCGGCUUACUACCUCCGCGUCAAUGCCAUCUCGCCUGUCUUCUUCUACAAUGCUGCGCCAGGCUUCUGCAAAAAUUCGUCCUUUGUCGGCGUUCUGAACCCCACAAACGACUCCCAAAUCUUCCGCCAACAAGAAGCAGCCAAAGCUGCCACCAUCGCGCUCAUCCCUGGGCAAGCCGUCCCAGUCGGCGAGACAGUCACGCCUUACGGCUCCUCUUCCACCUCAGCUAAGUCAAACAACAGCAGCGGUAGCGGCGGUCUCUCAGGCGGCACAAUCGCAGGCAUCGUCAUCGGCUCCAUCGCCGGUCUGCUGCUCCUUGGUGCGCUUCUCGUCUAUCUCCACAGGCGC